AUAGAUGAAAAGGUCAAUCUGGUGAUUACGUUUAAUGUCAUAAAAACCUCUUUCCUAGAACCUAUAUAUACUUGAGUCAUCACCUUGUUUGGUCAUACUCCAAAACCAAACCAGAUCCAUUUUACUCAUCCCCACCUUGAUUAAGAAGCAUAUUAAUGGCCUCUCCCCGUGAAAUAGAGGUGACCCUCUCCUCCGCCAAAGAUCUCAAAAACGUCAAUUGGCGUCACAGCCCAAUCAGGCCGUACGUCGUCUUGUGGGUGGACCCAAAGAACAAGUGUUCCACCAAAGUCGAUGAGGAGGGUGACACUUGUCCCAUAUGGGACGAAACUCUGGUCAUCCCUCUCCCUGCUGGUCCCGUCGACGACGACACCAUUCUCUUCAUCGACGUCGUCCACGCCGGUUCCGAGGAGCACACCAAACCACUCAUUGGCUCAGGUAAGAUCAAGCUCCGAAAAGUCCUUGAUAAGGCCGGCUUCGAAGUAAGCCACGAGAAAACGCUCAAGCUGAAGCGACCCUCUGGGAGACCUCAAGGAAAUGUUGACGUUAGAGUUUUGAUCCGAGAGCCACGCUAUCAUGAUCCCGAUCCGUACCGGGCCCCACCCUACGGGGUCCCAGCACAGGAUUCAAGAGCCUACCCAGGAGCUCCGCCAACUUAUGGUUUUCCUUACCCAUACGCUCAGCCGCCACCACCACAAAGUCCUUACUAUGCAGCCCCACCUUCUGGGUAUCCCUACAGUGCGUACAAUUACAAUGCUCGGCCGGCGUACGGUGAAGGAAGUGGUGGGUACUACGGGCAAGUGGAGAAGAAGAAGAGUAAGUUCGGAGGGAUGGGGACAGGAUUGGCUGUGGGUGCGGUUGCAGGGGCUUUGGGUGGACUGGCAUUAGCGGAGGGCGUGGAUGCGCUGGAGGAUCAUUUCGAAGAUGAAGUGGCGGAGAAGGUUGAAGAUGAUCUUGGAUAUGAUGAUGGCGGCGAUGAUUUCUAAUUCUCGAGACAAGAUGAAUAAUCCUAUAUUACUAAGACAAUUGCCAUUAGCCAAACGUGAUUUUGUUUUAAAUGGUGAUGCUCUUUGGAGUUGAUGGGAGAUUGUAAUAGUUGUUGUUGUUUUUGUUGGUGAAGGCCAUAAGCAUCGGCUUCUAUGUUGUGGGAAAUAAAAACCUUUCUGUCAGGCAUCCGAUGCCCUACCGGCAAUUUAUUCUUAUGCAUUGGAAUAGGUAUGCUGUUACAGUUGCUAUCCCUCUCAAGGGAGAAUGGGUCAAAAUUUCACCCCUUAUCUAUUAAAACAAAUCCUUAGUAUUUUAUUUUUUAAA